AUGGUUCUGUUACUGUUGAUCACGCUGUCCGUACUAACUAGUACUUACGAUGCCAUAGAUUUAUAUCCACCAUACACGAUCACAGCCGGUCCAACGUACACCGCCUACAAGUUCAACAUUUUACAGCAUCUUACGGCCUUGUCUCCCUAUUUUGAAACGAAUACGAAUGGACUGAGCCCUGAUCCUCCUCCAGGUUGUACAGUGGUCAAGGCCGCCUAUCUCGUGCGUCACGCUUCCAUCUAUGCCAACGACUAUGAUUAUGAGGCUACUCUGUAUCCGUUCUUGCAACGUCUCAAGAACGCGUCAUCAUUAGAAAAUGUCAACUUUUCUUGUGCCUCGGAUUUGGCCUUCUUAACUACGUGGACCUCGCCCAUCACGGACAGCAAGAAACAAGUGGAAAAGCUUACCAUAUCUGGAGGUCUCGAGGCUUUCCACUUCGGCACCCGGCUCGCAUAUCGUUAUCCACACUUAUUGCCGACGAAAAAGACGAAUGCGUCAGUUUUCAAAGUCUGGGCUUCCAAAGCGAAUCGAACCAGACAAAGCGCCAAUGCUUUCUUUGCCGGUUUGUAUGGUGGUAUCCAGGAGGAUACGAUCGGUCAGGUGAUCCUAAUUGCGGAAGGCGAAGAACAAGGCGCCAAUACUCUGACGCCGCACAAAAGUUGCCCUCGAUUUAGCGACUCAGCAGGAGCAAAAGAAGCGGAUAUCUGGCUGAAAUACUACACUGGAUCGAUUAUCGCUCGAUUUGCCGCUAUGGGCACGGGAUUUAACUUCUCGGCCAAUGAUGUGUUGGCAAUGCAGGAGCUAUGUGGAUAUGAAACCGUCAUACGUGGGUCAUCGCUCUUUUGUCCUAUCUUUACCUCGGAUGAAUGGCUUUCUUUUGAAUAUUAUUUUGACAUUAAAUACCACUAUCAGCUGGGCUACGGUGCUGACAGGUCACCUAGUCUCGGUAUGCCUUGGGUCGUCGCAUCGAGUAAUCUUCUCAAUGAAGCCAGAACUACGGAUCAAGAUCUUUACAUUAGUUUCACCCAUCGGCAGAAGCCGUUACUUGUCUUGACAUCAUUAGGCCUCUACAACAAUUCAUGCUAUGCGGGCGUGGACGAUAUCAAUACUACGUUUCCACUCGACCAGAUUAAUCACCAGCGUGCGUGGCGGACAAGUGAACUCAUUCCCGUUUUGGGUCACGUUGCUCUCGAACGUCUGGACUGCGCGUCCGUUACUCACACUGGAUCGUUUGUCAGAGUUCUGGUGAAUUCGAUACCAAAGCCCCUGCCGCAUUGUGCUUCCGGUCCAGCCGGUAGUUGCCCUUUGCCACACUAUAUGGAUUAUGUUCAGCGGCGUCAUGCGCUUUACGAAAAGUUUUCAAAGACUUGUGGAGUCCGAUACAAGAAUACCACCGACGUGUUAGCUAUUUAUUCAUGA